AUGGGUAUCUUCAAACGGAAAGAUUCCAAAAACUCCAUCUAUGGCUCGGACAAGGAUGAGCAGGAAUCCGUGGUGAGCCCACGAAACUCAAGUGCAUCGCUCAAGUCGCCUUCUUUCGUCAAGCCCAGCGCUGUUCUCCCCGCGUCCAUUCCGGAGGUGCCAAUUGCCAAGCCCCCAGAUCCAACUCUCGACCCGGGGGCAUAUCUUCGAAGCAUCCAUGCCGUGCGUGACCGGUCUCGGAUCGUUCUGCAGAGAGCAAAGCGGAACCUAUUAAACCACUUCGAUGUUGAUAUGACCAAGUUCGAAGAGACCGCAUCGUAUGUUGUCUCCAUUAUCAAGAGGGACCAUGCUCCAGACUACCAGUCGAUCCCUCCCCACGGUCGCUGGCAGCACUUUGACGUGGGUGGGAGACCUCGUAUCAACCAACUGCUCCAGUCAUGGCCCAGUACUAUUGAUGCCCAGGAGCGCACCAGGCGUCUGAUAGAUUUGUUCUUGGUUUCUGUUCUUUUGGAUGCUGGUGCUGGGACCAGAUGGUCCUACAGAUCUAAGGAGUCCGGCAAAGUCUACUCACGAAGCGAGGGACUCGCCGUGGCAAGCUUGGAGAUGUUCAAAAGUGGAAUGUUCAGCAGUGAUCCAACGGAACCGUGUCAGGUUGACGGUGCUGGUCUGAAAAAGGUGACUGUGGAUAUGCUCGCCAAGGGUAUGCAACAUUCAGAGGAGAACCCUCUGGCUGGGCUGGAAGGUCGCGCGGGACUUUUAGCAAGCCUCUCAGACGCCCUGAACAACCAAGAACUCUUUGGUGUUGACGCCCGACCAGGAAACAUGCUCGACUACCUGCUCUCCCACCCCUCUACACUCGCUUCAUCUGUUCCUAUUGUUCCUCUGCCCAUACUCUGGUCUGUACUAAUGGAUGGUCUCGCAUCAAUUUGGCCAGCCUCCAGGACGCAAAUCGAUGGGGUGUCUGUUGGAGACGCCUGGCCAUGCUCGGAUCUUCCACAAUCCCCUCCCGCGCAGCCUUGGGAGAGCAUCGUUCCUUUCCACAAACUUACCCAAUGGCUCUGUUACUCCAUCAUGGUUCCGAUGUCGAAGUUAAUGAAUAUCCAUUUUGCCGGAAGCGAACUAUUAACCGGUCUGCCCGAAUAUCGAAAUGGUGGUCUCCUCGUUGACAUGGGUCUGUUGACAUUGAAGGAGCGAGACAUGCAGCGCGGGAUAGAAGCCUACAAAGAAAAUGCGCAGAUAAAGGGUCAACCAAACAUGGAGGUUGUGCCCCUUUUCCGAGCCGAUGACGAUGUCAUCGUUGAGUGGAGAGCUGUGACCGUGGGAUUUUUGGAUGAGCUUCUUGAUGAGGUCAAUCAGCAGCUGGGCCUUAGGGGUGACGAGAAGCUUUCUCUCGCCCAAAUGCUGGAGGCUGGAACUUGGAAGGGUGGCCGCGAGAUUGCAGAAGUCUCAAGACCAAACACCAAGGAGCCUCCGAUCAUGAUCAUCUCCGACGGCACUGUCUUUUAA